CAAGCGCAAAUAGAAUUAUAAUAUAUUUCCAAGCGAGUGCAAAGAGAAUUAGCGAGUGUGUCACGUUGUCAAAUGACAACAAAAUGCAAUAGUGUGUUUCUUCUGACUGAGUUUUCUAGUAGUUUAUUUGUCUCUGGUUUCUAGCAUGAGUACCAUCAUGCUUGCAACUCUGAAGUUAGAACAAUAGUUAGAUCUAUCAUUUGUCAGAAUUCCGAAACGUCAAGUGUCAACAUAAUACAAAUAAAAUUUUGAGUCGGGGAUUCAUGUAAAAAUCAUUUUUGAAAAUAUAGUCUCCUAUUGCAGCUUAAAUUUCAUAAGUUUAUUCUUGCAGUUACAUAUACACAUUUAAGUAAGUAGUGGAGGUACCUUGUUGGCACUGAUAGUUUAUUGUUUAUUAAAAGAUUUCUUAAAAAUGUCAAGCAACAUGAGUGCUAAAGAAAUAUUGAAUGAUUUUAAAGAAAACUAUACAAAGGUUCGCAAACUUCUCGAUGAAGACAGUAAAAAUGACCCAGAAAAUGAACCCUAUUUAUCUAAAUAUAAGGCGAAAAAGAUACUCUCUAACAUGAGCGAAUCUCUGAAGAAAUUAAUUGGUUCUGAUGCUGUUUUAGAUGGAAACAGGCUAGAUGCUAUGCUGGGAUCAGUGUUAUUAAAUAUAGGGAUCAUUGACAUGGAGACAGAAGAGCUCACAUCUAGUGAAAAGAUAUUAAUGGAAGCUGUUGACCUCCUUGUUCCAAAUGCAUCAAAACCAGAAAUAAUUGUCACAUUAAUUAAUGUUUACAACAAUCUAGGCAUACUGUGGUCUAACAGAGAUGAGCCAAAAAAAGCCAAAUCCUUUUUGGUCCAAGCUAAAGAUUUGUAUGAAAACUUCAAAUGCACAUUGAAAAUGCCUUUGCCUAUAGAACACAUUAUAAACUACACCGGAGAGAAUGUGGUGGAAGAUUUCAUGUUUUUAGAAAAAGCUUACACAUUAACAAUGUAUUAUUUGGCUCAGGUGUUUGGAGCACUUAAAGAGAAUUUGAAAUCGGCUAUUUAUUGUCACAUCACACUUAGAAGACAAUUGCAAUACAAAGACUAUGAGCCAAUUGAUUGGGCAUUAAAUUCUGCAACAUUGUCCCAGUUCUUUGCAGAGCAGAAUGGUUUUUAUCAAUCAAGGCAUCAUUUAGCAGCCGCCUCUACAAUCUUAGAGAGGUACGAAGAAAAGUUAACUGCUAUAGAGAGUGAUGAGGAAGCACAUUUGGCAAAAUUGGAGACGUUUAAACACAGAUCUGCAGAUGUAGCAAGAUGUUGGGCCAAAUACUGUAUAUUACUUAUGACUGCAUCUAAAGCUAGACUUUUGAGUGAUGCUGAAAGGAUGACUGAUGCUAUUACAGAUAUGUCAAAUCUUACCCUGGAAGACAAUGAAAAUAUCUGCGGUGGUAAUAUUAAGAACCUGAUCUUUCCAGAUCUAGAUGUCUCCAAAUAUGAGAAUAAAAUAGGGGACAAAUUUUUACUCACAUACCAAGACGCAAGGGAAGUUUUCUUAAGCUGUCAAAGUUGGUUAAAUAAAGCCAAAGAGUAUUACAAGCUGGACACAUUAGCAUCCGACUAUAUAGAGUUGGUUCAAGACAGUUCACAGUCAUACAGCUAUUUGGCAUUUUUUGAAGAAGAUGACGAGCGCCGAGCAAAAAUGCAGAAACGGCGCAUUGACAUGCUCGAGGAUCUUAUUAAAGAGAUUAAUCCCUUAUACUACUUACAGUAUUGUAGGCAAAUAUGGUUUGAACUGGGAGAAGUGUAUUCAGAUAUACUGAAUAUAAAACUGGACAAGUUGAAUAAAACUAAAGAGAAACCUACACCGCAUGCAUUGAAAAAAAUAAAUAUGCUUUGUGAAAAGAGUAUUGAGAAUUAUGAUCAUUUCUUGGAUUCUGUUAAGGAUAAGAAUGGCGGAAUGCCUGUUAAGCUGGAUUACGAUCUCAUUAGGCCAGUGAUUAGCGCCUAUGCAUUUAUUGGACGGAAUAGUAUGAAGAGAAUUGGUUUAGACAAAAGCAUACAAUUGAGCUACGUUCAGAAAAGUUACGAUUCAUACCAGGCAGUGGUUGGUAUUUGCAAGAACAGUGAAGAUGCAGCCGCCAUGAUGCACGAGGAAUAUAGGCUGUGCGAUGAAAUGGCCAAAAUAUUACCAAUAAAAAUAAAAAAAAUGCAAUCAGAGGUAGCUGAAUAGAAUGUAAUGAUUGCUUGCUUGCUUUAUUAUAAAGACUCUGGUAUAUUGAGUUCUAGAUGUUUAAAAGCUAUUUAACUCUUUGCACUUAACCAUAUAUUACAAUUGCCCUUAAAUUGUUGUUUAUCAAAAGAUAAUAUUACUGAAAAGUAACGUGACUAUAUUUUUCCAUUUAAAACUUUUCUUUUUGUAUCUGCCAGUACCACUCAAGUACGUUAAUAGUUUCCCUUUGGUUUUAAAGAAUUGAAAUAAUGUGACCAAUUGACAAUAUUUCAUUUUUUCAACAUACUCAAAUGUUUAUGUUUUAUGACUAAAAUUAUGAGACCCAUAUUUUUAUUUUUUUCUAAAGUCAGAUAUUCCAUUCAAGAUUUUCACUUUUAAUUUUGUUUUAUUAUAAAACGACGUAAGCACCAAAUGACGUCAUAUAUACGACUCCAGGCGUAGGUAGGUACGGUAGACGUUUUGCAGUAAAAAAUUUGCAGUGAAGUGAC